AUGUCGCUCAAACAAGAAAUUGAAACAUGGGUGCAGGCCCUUGAUGCCUAUGACAAUCAAGAAUUCGAAGUGUCCUUGCGAUGUUUCGAUCAGAUUGCCGACACAUCAAAGAUCUUGUUCAACUGUGGAGUGAUUUAUGCAACGCUAGGCGAACAUCAUAAAGCAGUAGAAUGCUACCAACGUGCCGUCGGCCUAGACCGGUACCUGGCAAUCGCCUACUUCCAGCAAGGUGUAUCUAAUUUCUUGCUUGGCGACUUUGAAGAAGCCUUGGCCAAUUUUAAUGACACUUUGCUGUAUCUACGAGGGAAUACUUCCAUUGACUAUGAACAACUUGGUCUUAUGUUCCGCCUCUUUUCAUGCGAAGUCCUGUUCAAUCGGGGUCUCUGUUAUAUCUACCUCCGACAAAUGGGCCCAGGCAUCCAAGACCUCGAGUAUGCAGCUAAAGAAAAGUUUACCCCGGAUCACGAUGUGAUUGACGAUGCUAUCCGCGAGAAUGCAGAUGGCUAUACUGUCUUCUCAAUUCCCGUGGGAGUACUCUAUCGUCCCAACGCAGCAAAAGUCAAGAAUCUCAAGACAAAAGACUACCUAGGCAAGGCUCGACUAGUUGCCGCAUCGGACCGAAACCAAUCAUCAGAUCACCAAUGGAAUCCAAUGACCAUUGACAAAGAAGCCCUCCAAGGUCGCGAAGGGGUUUCCUUCGCCGCAUCCCACCUAGUCCGCCAAAACCUCAGCAGCCGCACUCGCCAACAAUCUGAACCACCGCUGAACCGCAACGUAUUCCCCCCAACACCACCACCAGAUGACCGAUCAGUCAGCACAUCAUCUGGCUCAGGAGGCCAAUCAUCCAGCCACCACCGAUCAUCAUCUCUACGAGGUGCCCGCCCACCACGUCUCGACCUAGAUCGCGCAGGCGCCAGCCUAGACCGUCGUCCCUCCCAACAAGAACUAGCAGCACCCGAGAAGCCACGGAUAGGAACAACACGAACAGCAUCAGAGCCGCGUGGCCCAUCCUCACGACAAAACAUGCGUGGAUAUCAACCGGAAAGCAGUCGGAGAAGCAUGACCAGCGAACAAGCCGGCCAUCGCAGAAACCAAAGCGACACAAACGCAAAUCCUACCUACCCACCGGCACAAGAGUACGGCCACACAGACCCAUACGAUCCAUACUCAAGUCAGCGCAACCUAGCAAACACAGGCUGGGGUCGCGGAUCCCGCCACCAACCACCCCAAUACAUCGAUGAAGAGGAAGAAUAUGCCAGCGACGUAUGCGAUGCAACCCUCAACGACGGCGCUUUCGAGCUCAUCGCCGCUCCGCAGGCUGGUCCAAGUCACUCACCACAACAACGUCGUACUCGCUCUCCGACGCGAUACUCCCGUCAUGCGAAUCCGCGAAGACCUGAGAUUCAGAAGUUCAGAACGAAAGUACACGCCCCCGAUGAUACCAGGUAUAUCAUGAUCGGGCCGAGUAUUGAGUUUGGGGAAUUCGAGAAUCGCAUUCGGGAAAAGUUCGGAUUUAAUUGUCCGCUGAAGAUGAAGGUGCAGGAUGAUGGGGAUAUGAUUACUAUGGUAGAUCAAGAAGAUUUGGAUUUGCUGGUUAGUUCGGCGAAGGAGGUGGCUCGACGGGAAGGAAGUGAGAUGGGGAAGAUCGAGAUUUGGGUGGAAGAACGUACGAUGAUUUGA